AUGGACGAGAAACAUCCGCUGCCGCUUGCUCGUCCCUCCGAGCCCCGCCAACCCGAGCCCUCGCGUCCGCGUCGUGCUCUGUUGGCCGUCUUUGUGCGCGUCGCCGUCAUAGCUCUGCUUGCUUUGUUGGUCCUAUUCUUCCCGACUGGCAUCCAGAGUCGCCCCAUGAUUGCCUGGGACGAAGAUGCCAUCCCUCAGACAGCCUUGACCGACGUCAAGAAGGUGCCCCUGGAGGCUCACAUCAUGUCGAAAUGCCCCGAUGCCCUCGACUGCCUGCAGCUGCUUGUAUUGCCUACCAUGGUCGAGAUUUCGGAUCGCAUCAACUUCACGCUCUCGUACAUUGGCAAGCCCACCGACCAUGACGACGGCGUUGAGUGCAAGCACGGCGAGAGUGAAUGCUUAGGAAACAUGAUUGAGCUGUGUGCAGCGUCGGCUUAUCCUGACCCGAAGAUCUAUCUUGGCUUUACGUACUGCCUUACUCGGCAGUACCAGAAGAUCCCCCAGCGCCACAUGAUAGAGGACUGUGCGAUGGAGCAUGGCAUCGAUUUUGCCAGGAUCAACGACUGCUUGACCCAGGAUGAUGGUGGCUUCGCGGCCGACCUGCUGCAGGCCAGCUUCGUGAGGAGCUCUGAAGCCAAUGUCACCAAGAGCUGCACGAUCCGGCUGGACGAGAAAGUCCGCUGCAUUCGAGACAAUGGCGAAUGGACGGACUGCCCUGCUGGCUCUGACCGCGAUUCGCUCAUGCGGGAUAUCAACGAUCUGUACGACCAGCUCAACGGCGUGUAG